AUGCCUAAGAAUGAUUCCCAGAUCCUGGAAUAUAACUUUGGAGAAUGGCUUAUCUUCGGCCCCAUCUCUGCUCCCCUGACAAUCUGUGGCUUGAUUGGGAAUGGGCUUACUCUACAAACACUGCACCAAGAGGGCCUCUCCUCCAUGACAUCCAGCCUCUUUCUCAAGACCCUCACACUGGCCGAUAGUGCCCUCCUCAUCUCCUACUUCAUCAGUUUUUGCAUCCCAAUGCUGGUUCCGAGUAAGGUCGCCAACUGGAUGGAGGAAUCCGGUAUCUACCCAGUGAUCUACCCCAUCGCGCUCACGGCUCAGACGAUCGGCGUUUACACUGUGGUGGUCUUUUCCAUCAUUCGCUAUGUCACUAUAUCACACCCGCUACGACGAAACUCCUGUAGGACUCGCAAGAAAUCGCGCCUUCUUAUUGGCGCAAUUAUCAGUUUUUCGAUUUUGUUUAACGCGCCGCGGGUGUUUGAGUACUUGUCAAUUCCUCUUAAACCAGCCAACUGCUCAAGCAUCUCUGAACACGAAGGAUGCUCCUACGAAAUGCGAAAUUUGGGUUCCGUUCAUCUAUACGUCUCUAUUUACCGCUCCUAUGCCUACACAUUUGGAAUCUUUGUUGUGCCCGUGAGUAUUGUGGCAGUGCUGAAUGCUCGUCUUGCAAUCAUACUGCACCGUAUUCGCUUUAAGUUUGUUGAUGCCCACAAUCUGCACCGAUCACAUACGGGCAGUGCCUCAGUGACCUGGCCAACAGGGCGAAAAAAUAUUCUUUCCUCAGUACAACCAAGUCCCAGUCGAAUGGAUGUCACUAGUGGAUGGGACCAAGGUUCUGUAGAGGGUGUCCCAAUCGGCAUGUCCGAGCCAUCUGGCAUGAAUGGUGCCCAGGACAUAAACCACGACAAAAGUAGGCCCCGGAAUAAUCCGUACUAUCGUCCGGCCAUUGAUAGAGGCGUCCAGUACAACAAGCACCGAAUUCAGGUAACCGCAAGACUCUUCUGUCUGGUAACUGUGUUUACCGCCUUCCAAACUUUCCCAAUGAUUGACAACCUCCUUCUGCACUUCUGGGAUGACUGGGUGCAGUCGACCUUCCCCAAUUACAACAUAUUUUAUGCAUUAUGCCAGUUUUCUGUGAUGCUAAACGCCUCAGUGAACACUGUCCUCUACUGUUUUCUGGGUCGCAGAUUUAGAAGAGAGUUUUUCAAGGUGAUUCAUCGUCAACACAAGUGUAUCCGCGCCUACCUACUACUGUUACGUUGUUGA